AAUUUACAGUUAUCCUCGAGCACCUGUCAGUCAGGAAACUGGAGACUUCUGAUGUUGAUUAACUGUCAGAACUUCACUAUGUAUUGCUAGAAGUUUCAUUUUUUAUUACCCUAUUAGGCCACUCCAGUUAAAAGGGACGAAAAACUUUAAAAAGGCCUAUAAUAUGGAAGAUUUUAAGAUAAUUGAAGAAGUUCUGCAAGAAGACAUGGACGAUCCCAGUUUACAAUUUGAGAAGUUAGUCCAAGGUGGAAUUGUUAAUAAAGCUGCCCUGUUUUCUUCAGAUAAAAAUCCAGAUAAAUAUUUCAUAAAAUUAAACAAACAUUCUGUUGCAAAAGAAAUGUUUGAAGCUGAAAAAAGCAGUUUAGAUUUUCUUAAUCAGAUAGAAAUAAUCGAUGCACCAAAAUCAUACAAGGUAAUUGAUAUUAGAGAUUGUGAGAAUGGUUCAGCUGUACAUGUUUUACAAUAUAUACCAGAUCUUCAACCAAUGGCUGAUUACUGGGCGGACUUCGGCGAGAAAAUGGCCAGAAUUCACAGUUUUAAUUCCACUCUCAAAGAUGAUGUAAAAAGAAAAGAAAGUUUUGUCCAUUCCAGUCCCCAGCAACUUAAUUAUGUAGAUAAAUUUGGAUCAACGUUUCCCAGAUAUUUUGGUGAAUUUAGAGUGGCACCAGUUCAAACAGAUACGUGGGAGGAAUAUUUUAUAAGAGAGAUUAUGGAUCCAUUAAUGAGAGGAAUAGAAAAAAAGUAUGGAGAUAGAGAUUUAAUAUCCGAAUGGUCAUGGUUACAAUUAAAUAUAUAUAAACUAUUUCAAGAUGUCACAAUAUUACCAGAAAUAAUACAUAGUGAUCUGUGUGUCGCUAAUUUUGGACAAACACAAAAUGGUCCAGUUUUAUUUGACCCGUCCUUGAAUUAUGCGCAUUUUGAAAUGGAUCUGUUGCUGUCAGCCACAGAAGAUCCGUUCCAUGACGAUUUCUUCACAAGUUAUCAUCAAAUCUUGCCUCAGCUGGAAGGAUGGGAGAAGAGACUGGAAGCGUACAAAUUCUUCUAUAACGUGAUAAUGUGGUAUCACAUAGAUGAGGAACAAUAUAAAACCAGUUCGUACAGUUCUGCAGAAAAAGUAACCGAUAUUAUUAAACAAAUGGGAACAUGAAUUUAUUACAGUAUCUGAAUUUCCAAAAUAUACAUCAUAUUGAUGAGGAGCAAUAUAAAACCAGUUCGUACAGUUCCGCAGAAAAGGUAACCGAUAUUAUUAAGCAAACGGGAACAUGAAUUAUUACGGUAUCUGAAUUCUCAAUAUAAAACCAGUUCACACAGUUCCACAGAAAAAGUAACUGAUAUUAUGAAACAAACAGGAACAUGAAUUUAUUACGGUAUCUGAAUUCUCAAAAUAUUUAUAAAGAACAAAAUAAAACCAGUUUGUACAGAUCCACAGAAAAAGUAACCGAUAUUAUGAAACAAACGGGAACAUGAAUUUAUUAUUGAUAUACGUGUAUAUAAUUCAUAUUUGAAUACUCGUCAUAUUUUUAUUUUUUAUUUAUUUUUAUAUUAAUAAAUCUAACCGUGUGAUAAACUUACAUAGGAAUAAUUGUA